AUGGCCUCUAGACUCUGCUCUGGGCGAGUGUUUCUACGUCUAGCUAUGGACACAUGUGAUGAGCAGCAUAUUCACCCAUUCAAAGCGGCAGUUGCCAUACGGAAGGAAACGGCAGAUCCAGUUGAACUACCAGGAGGAAUCAGCGAGGUUCCGGUCUACUGUCUGCCCACUUUCUCGGAAGCUUGA